AUGACACUUUAUUCGAAUUUGGUCAAAGUUUUUAGAGAUUAUUAUAAAAAGAAAAAGGACUCGAGAACUUUCCAAGUGGUCCAAUAUAUUAUUUUUACUUGGUUCAUUUUUGCAAUAUGCGGAUUUUUGGCAUACGGAUUGUCGGUGGCUUUUUGGUACUAUAUGGACAGUCCAAUAUUGGAAAAACCAGAGGUCACAGGGUACAGGCCAGAGAAUUGGAGCCAGCAUUUAUUGGAGUCUAGACCAGAAGAUAAUUCGAAUACAUCCUCAGUGGUUUGUGAUAAACGAUUGGUUGGGUACUACACGGACUACACGAGAGCCAUAAUUCGAAACGAGCAGAUUCUGAAACUCACCCAUGUGAUUUAUCUGUUGCUUGAUGUGUAUCCAAAUGGAGUUGUGAAAGUUUUGGACGAGCAAAAGGAUACGAGUUUUUUGAAAAAAGUGGAAUUUGCAAAACGAUUGAAUCCAAAACUGAAAGUGAUGGUUGGAGUUGGUGGAUAUCAAUUUGCGAGGCGGUUUUCUUCUGUAGCCGGGGAUGAGACGAAGAGACAAACAUUCCAAAUUUCCGUUACUGCAUUCCUCAUUUAUCAUAAACUAGACGGUGUGGAUAUUUUCUGGGCAUGGCCGAAAGCUGAAGAUCGGGAAAACUGCCUAAAGCUAAUCAAAGGAUUACGUCAAAACCUCCCGGCUCAAUUCCUCAUUUCUAUGAUUCUACCUCGAUUGGCGCAGCAGCUAGAUGGAUACAUUUUGAAUUCUCUCGUGGACUACGUCGAUUUCUUCAGUGUUCUAUCUUACGACUACUUUGGGCCAUUACCAGGCAAUGAUGCAAAUCUUGGACCCAUAUCUCCAUUAUAUGGUGGACAGAGAGGUAAUGUGGAUGGAACUAUGAAACGGCUCUCAUGUGAGAUCAGAAAACCAAGCCAGCUCAAUAUGGGAAUCACAUUGUAUGGAACCUAUUGGAGCAAUGUAGAAAGUGGACUUGGACAAAAAACAGAUGAUAUUUGGAGGCUUGCAGAGGUUGAAAACGGACCUGGAUAUUCGAUUGGAUGGCGAGAAAUGGAGCAGAGAAAUUGGAAUUUGUCAUCUGCAAACUGGCAUGAAGCAUCUAAAAGUUCCUAUAUCUGGAACCCAAAAAACAAAAAGCUUUUGGGAUUUGAGAAUGAGAAGAGUCUUCAGGAAAAAGUGGUUUAUGCAAAGAACAAGAAUAUUGGAGGAAUCGUGGUAUGGACCAUGGAUCAGGAUGAUGUAGUGAUUGAUGGAUGUAGUGAUUGA